AUGGGGUUACGUGGCGCAUCGCUGUUACAGCGGACGGCCGCGCUGGUUGCUGUGGCUAUGUUUGCCAGUAGCUUUCAGCCAUCGGAUGGUGCCAUCGUACGGUCGACAUUAAAUUGCAUCUACAACGCACCGGACUGCACCUUUGCCGAUGCUUCGGUGCGCAUCCUUGACCGGAGUCAGCUGCCCGCGUAUCAACUGACGAUGGGUGGGUAUGAUGGUGUGUCCCGUGUCGCGGUUACAUUUGCGAACAGUGUGCUGGAAUACGUCCCGGGGUCGGUGUUUGCACCGCUGCCGAAUAUUACAACCCUCCGUCUGGACGGAACACGAACGCGCAUACUGGACGAGGACGCGUUUCAAGGUUUGGCGCACAUCGAGGCGAUUACGAUUGCCGAUAAUCCGUUGGAGGUACUGCCGAAAGCGAUCUUUCGAGGUUUGCACGAGCUGGUGACGCUAAACCUCACCGGUAUCGGACUUGCUGCCGUUGCACCGGAAUGGUUCCGUGAUCUUCCACAGCUAACUACCUUAGUACUCGCCAAGAACCGUGUGCGAACGCUAGAUGCAACCGUGUUCCAGCACUGCCCACGACUCACUACACUCGACCUGUCGAACAACGCUCUCGAAAGUUUGCCUCCAACGGUGUUCGACACGCUGAGCGUGGUAGACACGAUCCAGCUGGAUGGCAACCGGUUGGAGGAGGUGCACGAGAAUUUAUUCGCCAACACUGGCCGGCUGCGGGCGCUGAAUCUUAACAACAAUUCGCUCACCUUCAUUUCGCCACUAUUGCUGCGGAACCUAAGCCAGCUGGAGGAACUAUAUCUGCGCUGGAACCGCAUCGAAGAUUUCCAGCUGCUGCUGUUCCCCUCGAUCGCACCGUUCGCGCUAGAUCUGCGAAAUAAUAAUCUCGUGUACUUCGACCGGACCAUGCUUACCGUGCUGGAAAAUCUUGAUGCCAUCUGGCUGAAUGAUAAUCGCCUUACCGGCAUCGCGCCCGAUACGUUUCACGACGCGGUCAACACGACGGCGAUAGAGCUGGACGGUAACUACCUGGAGACGUUGCCGGUGGAGCUGCUGGCGGGGCUCACACAUUUGCGGGUGUUUGCCGCAAGCGGCAACAGAAUAAAAACCGUCCCCGAGGAGCUGUUUCUCGAGAAUCUCGAGGUGAAACAGAUACGGCUUGCUGGCAACUUUAUCGAGACGCUGCCGGGGAAGUUUUUCGCGGAACUGCCCGUGCUGGAGGAGCUGUCCCUGGAGCGGAACAAUAUCGUCGAGCUGUUGGAGGACGCGUUUGUGGACUGUCCGAUGCUGCGCGUGGUACAGCUGGGCCACAAUCAGCUGGCGUCGAUUCCGGCGCGUACCUUCGCCCGACAGCAGCAAAGCCUUCGUUCGCUCGACGUCAAGGCAAACCACCUGACGGGCAUGGAGUUUGUCAAGGGCUUAAAGCAUCUGAGCCGGUUAGAUCUGGAGGGAAACAGGCUGCCGAAGCUCGAGGGGGAUACGUUCGAGGGUACGCCAAACAUAGAAGUGCUGCUGCUGGCCCACAACGCUUUGCCCCGGUUGACGAAUGAAAGUUUCGUCGGCUUGCCCAAGCUCAGCGUGCUAAAUGUGUCGCACAAUGUAAUCAAAUACAUUGAAGCCGAUACAUUCCAAGGUGCAUCACUGCUGCAGGAGCUGCAUCUCAACGAAAACGAGCUUAAAAGCUUACCGGACGGUGUGUUCGCAACGCUCGCUGCCCUCAAGACACUUUCGCUAGAAAACAACGAGCUGGAGGCAGUAGCGCCCACACUGUUCCAAAGCCUACCGUCGCUGCUGGAACUCAGCCUGUCCUAUAACCCGAUCGCUAACGUUAAUGAGCAAACGCUGCACCGUAACUUUGACCUGCAAAGUGUGGCGCUGAACGAGAUACGGUUGGAGCGGCUCGGUAAGGAUCUUCUACCACGGUCGAAGACGUUGCGAUUCCUCAGCCUGGAACGGUGCUCUAUCGCGGAGAUUGACCCGGAAGCGUAUCGGCUGUUUGGCUCAAUGUACCCGCUGGUGGUAGUUUUGCGCGGAAACGAACUAACUCAACUGCCGAAAGGGUUGUUCCGCACCGCUCGCAUGCUGACGGUAUUGGAUUUGUCGUUAAAUCAACUCACCGACUUCAACCCGGACCUGUUCACACCCGAGAACUCCCUGCAGGAGCUCUAUCUGGAGGGUAACCGGAUAGAAGAGCUGAGGGCAGGAGAGUUUCUUAAAUUCCCCACCCUGCAGGUGCUCAACUUGAGGAACAACUGGAUCUACUCGAUUCCGGACGGCGCGUUUGGGGAGUUGGAAAAUCUGAAGGUGCUAGAUCUGGGUCACAACCUGCUGACACAGCUCCCAACGGGCGUGUUUGCCGGUUUGGUCAACCUCGAGUCCGUCAGCCUCGAUGCGGUGGGCGUACACACCCUGGACAGGGAUACGUUCAUUAAUCAACCGAACCUUCAGCAUCUUUCCCUGCAGCAUAAUCAGCUGCACGAAUUGGAGACGGAUUUGUUCCGGAAAAAUGCUGCCAUAAGGCAGCUUAGCAUUGCCAACAAUUCGUUCGCCAGCUUCGAACUGCACAACUACAAGCAGCUGAACGAGUCGCUCCGUUCGCUGGACGUGUCCGAUAACCUGAUCGAAACGUUCAUCGUGACGGAGGCGCUGGUGGAACUGCGGGCGCCACGCAACAGAAUAACGAACAUCUUCUCGAUGGCCGAUGAGGAACCGACGCUGGUUAAUAUCGAUCUGUCCGCUAACCAGCUUGCCUCCAUCGAGUAUAUGGGCAAUUUUAAGCAUCUGGAAUCGUUGGACGUCUCCAACAAUCCGCUGGAAGAGUUGGAUUUCACACAUCUGGGAGCGUUCUUCAACCUGACCCAUUUCAACGCCUCCUCCUUGAGCGUGCCAUCGAUGGAGCUGCAAACGCACGGUAUGCUGCUACCGACGUUAACCAGCCUGGACUUGUCGAACAACGGCAUUGGCGCGGUGUCGGCUGAGUUUUUGAACAGUUUCCCCCGGCUGACAAAACUCUACCUGCAGGACAAUCCACUGCACGGGCUGAAUUAUUCGUUCUUCUUCGAAACUCUGCCAUCGCUGACUUUGCUUGGGUUGGAUCCGUAA